AAUCAACAUUAAACAAGCGCUGACGCCAGUGUGUGUACACGGAGAUGCGGCAACAGCGCCGUUCCCGCCAAACGUCAUAUUAUGAAUAGAUAACCUCAAAAGCGCGAAUUCCGCAAAAUGAAACCAGAAAUUGAGACUAAUUUGGAAAUUAAUACGAAAAUGCACGUGAAUAAAUUGUUCACUUUGGUGUUUCUGAAGAAGAAUAAGUCGGUGUUGUUGGGGCUGAAAACGCGGGGACUUGGAAAAGGGUUUUGGAACGGUUUCGGUGGAAAAGUGGAGAAGAACGAAACCGUAAUGGACUGCGCGAAAAGAGAAUUGAAAGAAGAGUGUAAUUUGGAAGCUAAAGACUUGAAGCAAAUCGGCGUUGUCAGAUAUGACUUACUCUACGACAACUCGUCAGAUGUGGUUCAUAUUUUUACAUGCACACAGUUUGAAGGGGUGGAGAAACCCAGUGAGGAAAUGAACCCAAUUCAAUGGUACAAGUUUAGGGCGAUCCCUUUCACCCAAAUGUGGCCAGACUCACCACACUGGUAUCCAUACAUGUUGGAUGAAAAAUAUUUCUCUGCUAGAAUAACCUACAGUGAUGAAAACACAAUCAAGGGAAGUAGUAUUCAAGUCUACAACAAUCUCUCUAACGUGCUUAAAAUCGCCGAAUAACAUCGUUCCAAAAUUUUCCAACAGUAUUAUUUUUUUAUAAGUACAAACACUCAUUUUUUAUAAAAAUGUAUUUAAUAAAAAACAAAAUUACUUCA